UAUAGAGCUGUAAACGUAAGCCAGCCGUCACUCCGCUGGAGCCCCCGCCCCGCCGGUAUGUUAACGGGAACUCCCCCUAAGUUCCCCGGUUGUCCUCUCUCUGCUCAUUCUCUCCAUGAGCUUUCACACACGCAUACACACAUUCCCUCUCUCUCACACACACACGGAGCUUCUGCGUGUUGAAGCAAACCUCCGUAUGCUCUCUCGGCUCUUCCCCGGCUACCCGAAAAGCGGCUGUUUGGUUUCGCAGUCUGCGUCGAGCCUUGUCGUGACAGAGUUUGGAAACGGCUGAAGGAGGAAUUAAGGGGGGCGAGGAGAAGGUGGUGUCCUUCUAUCAGAAACACACACUCCUCCUAACAUAUUCCUGACAGCACAAGACGGAAGGGUUAAGAGAGUACGGGAAAGCAAGAGCUGCAGACACACACUCAAAGAGAAAAAGGCCACUGGCCAUCUGUGGUCAGUCCCCUGCUAUUUUGCAGCUGUGUUGGAGUCAGCGAAUGGUCCUCAGCUUUGACAGGAAGAAGAGGUUCUUCUCCAACGUUGCCCGGGGGAUGAGCCCAGGCUAGGGCAAUGCUAAAGCCUUGCUGGCCUUGGAUUAGGCCCCUUGGGCUAUUUUGUGUAGGGAUGGGUGAUACCCCAGUUGGAUCUUCUGCUGUCACUAUACUCCACAACUAUCAUUAGUGGCUAAUGAGCUGCUGCUAGAGAGGAAACAGAGAAGGUGCCUGUGGAGAGAGGUGAAACCUUACAGCUGUUAUUAAGAGGCCCAGAGAGAAUUCUUUGCCUCUGCAAGGCAAUUAAACCAUUUAAAGCUUUGACUAGCAUGACUUUGUAUUUCAUUAUUGUAGGUAUUUUUUAUAUGUUUUGAUAGCCUUUAAUAAAAAUGUCUCCUUGUAGUUGAAAGACUUUUUUUUUUUUUUUUUUUUCCAUGAAGAUGAUUCAGUGUUUGGACUUAAAUUGUUUUUCUCAUGCAACUGAAGCAGUUUCAAAAAGAUAUUUUUAUUCAGAAGGAUUUUUAUUAUGUUGUUUUUGUUUUACGCUUCCUUAUAAUUUUGACCUUCCUAUGCCCUGAAGAACAUUGGUCACCAUGGCAGCAGCCUAUCGUGUUGUUGUGAGUAGCGUAAGCUGCUACAACAGUGUGGUAGUGGACCGACGCACUCACUCCCAUGCGGUACACUACUGCUCAGGGCCAUGUGGAGCACUGUCCCAGGGCCUAGACUGCACUGUUGCACACCGUGGCACCUGUUCUGAGCUGCUUGUUGCUCCUGACCCUCCAUACAAUGACCUUAACAGCUCACCCAUACACUCCCGCAACAUUAUCACUCAGCAACUUCCUAACCAUGCUAAAGUUUGUCUUACUAUGGAUACCACUCAUAAUGGUAGUCUAGAGAGAGCAGGUAGCAGUGGCAAUUUAUCUUUAGGAGAGGAGAGCCCCACAUGGCGUGGUAAAAAGACCCCCAGUGGUGGAGGAUUGGCUGGGAGUAUGAGCUCCUCUGGCAGUUUGAAGGACAUUACUGAAGAAGCCAUCAACCUGGCCAGUGGUAAGCUCAAGGAGUUUUCAUUUGACAAGCUCCGCCUCUCAUCCUCCAGCCACAUCACCUUCCGGAAAGGCCGCAAGGUCCGUCCUGAUUCUUUUAGCCGUCGCUCCACUGACCUGGAGAUUAUUUAUGGCCACUUCAGCUCCAACCUUACUACAAAUGCAGCUACUAAUGGUAUGACAAAUGGCACAGGUUCUUCUAAUGAUGAGAAUCUGCCACCAUUUGUGCAAGGGAAAGGAACAGUGCUAGAGGAAACAAAGCUAAAGGCCAGCACAGGCAACGUGUCAUCAAUCACCAAAGUUGGUGGUGGCUCAACAAGCAGCCUCACAAGUAUUGGGUCAUUAGACCAAAGUCUGAACACAGUGGCCUCCCUGUACCGCAACACCCUAGGAGAAGAGAACUUAAUUGCCCGUCUGCUGGAGAAGACUCGAGCAGAAGCAGCUACUGGGGGAGCAGGUGGGGAGGACAUACGUGCUUGCCUUGAUAUUCUGCUUAAAUGUUCUGAAGACCUUAAGAAAUGCACCGACAUAAUCAAACAGUGCAUCAAACGCAAAGCUGGUGGAGGGCCAGAGGAUGGGGGAGCAAGUCCUGACAGUGUAUAUCGGGCUGUGAUGACCCGUCUCAGUUCUUAUCUAAAAAGACUGCCUCUGGAGCUGGAAGGGAUCGGAGAUUUGGGAGGCAGUGGACAGGGUGCACCUGGAAGCGGGCACAGUGAUUUGGCUGAGCUGGUUAAUACUCUUCACUCCAUCCAGCAGGGACCUUACUCUCCGAUAUUUGGCAAUGAACAGCCUCCCCGCUAUGAAGAUGUGGUGCACUCUCCUCCAAUCCCAAAGACUGUUUCACAUUCUGUUUCUACUCCGUCCUCUAUCUCAUCUAAUUCUUUAUCUCUGAAAUCAGAUUCCAUCCAUACCAAACCAGUAAAUAGCUCACCCCAGCUUAGAGCUACUGCACUUACUAAUGGAGUACAACAUCCACAUAGUUCUUCUUUCACACAACACACUCUCUCUACCCCAACCAUCAUAUCCUCUUCGUCCAGCUCCUCUCCAACACACUCCCCCUCCCCUCUUCGUACCUCUCCAACUCCACCAUAUACACACACUCCCCCAGCAUCUCCUAUGGAGGCUCUUUACAUUGAGGAAGAGGAAGCAGAUAUGGGAAAGACACCAGAACAAAUCUCACAGCAGACACACACUCCAUCUAGAGGGAUGAACACUAGCCAGUGCAAAAGUGGGACUAUGUUGGGACAACACAUACACCUGUCCCAAACACACAUGCUCUAUAACUCUUCAAAUAAUUUGCCAGUCAGCUCUGGCUAUGGCCCAAGUUGGCCUUCCUCUGCCUCACUAACAGUCUCUGCACCCAAAGCUGCUACACACAGGAAUGAUGACAUUGAUAAGUUGCUGAUGGACUUGGAGAAUCUCUCUCAGAGUAUGAGUCAUCCCAGAAAGACAGAGCCUCCGCUUCCAGCCAAGACCAGGAAGAGAGAUGGGGGCCAAGGGAUCACCUCCAGUGAGUCCUUCACUCAACCCAAAAUGGCUCAGUUCCAAGUCCCAAAGCCAAACAGCCACUUAACCAUGAACGGUAUUAGCUCCAGAACUCCCCAGUCUCUCACUCCUCCUAAGGAAGAGAGGAGUGAAGCUGUGGCGGGAGAGGAGGAAGAUGGGGCGUUGUUGCUGAGAAUCCUUGAGAGCAUUGAGAGUUUUGCCCAAGAACUGGUGGAUUCUGGGGCAGGUAGCACAGGGAGUGCUGAGAGGAACAGUGGAAAGGAGCGGGAGGUGAUGAGGCUCCUGCAGGAUACACUGGCCACAGCUGGCAGGGCUGAUACACCUCUGGAGAGCACAAACCCACCAGCUGCUCCCACUACUUCAACAGUGCACCCAGAUGCAGUCCCAGAUACACUGACAAAACACACCUUGACAAAUACACCUGAAGUUUCACCUGCACCGACAACUGCAAUAUCUGAAGCUGAAAGUAGUGCUUCAACUGAACAAGCACCUAAAUCUACACCUGAAAGUGCUUCCCAACUUUUGCCUACACUUACACCUGACCUUACAAUCGAGGCUAUGGAUAAAAUUACAGAAGCAUCUACAGAUGAGGAUGACUCAAAAUCCGUCCCUGCCCCGACAUCAUCUGCACCUGCAAGCUUGCAUUCCUCUCCACAUUCAGAUGAAACCAUACCUGUGGUCACACCUGAAGCUCCAGCUCCUGUUGCCAUACCAACAACAGCAAGUGCUACCAUUGCUGUUGAUGAACCUGCAGCUUUGAGAGAUGCUGGCUCAACCCUUCUCAUCCAGCAGACUCCAGAGAUUAUUAGAGUCCAGGCGAAACCAGAAAAGAAACCAGGAACACCUCCUCCUGCUCCCGUUGCAACCACAGCCACACCGCCCCCCACGCAACGCUCACCCAGCCCUCCUCCAGCUCCCGUGAUAGUCACCCCUCCUCCUCCUGCCAUUAACAUUCCCAGGUUCUACUACCCUCGUGGGCUUCCUGCCCUGGGCCCGGCUGCCAACCACGAUGCAGCCAUUGCUGCCAUUGAGACAGUCUUCACCGAAUUUGAGGAGGAGAAGGCUGAUAUUUAUGAAAUGGGCAAGGUUGCAAAGGCGUGUGGGUGUCCACUUUACUGGAAGGCACCCAUGUUCUACGCAGCAGGUGGUGAGAGGACAGGAUUUGUGUCCGUUCACUCAUUCAUUGCAACCUGGAGGAAGUUGCUGCACAGUUGCCAUGACGAUGCAUCAAAGUUUGUUUACUUGCUGGCUAAGCCUGGCUGUAACUACCUGGAACAGGAAGACUUUAUUCCUCUACUGCAGGACAUUGUAGAUACACAUCCUGGGCUCACAUUUCUGAAGGAUGCACCUGAAUUCCAUUCACGCUACAUAACAACGGUGAUCCAGCGGAUAUACUAUGUAGUGAACCGGUCCUGGACGGGACGUAUCACAAUGAUGGAGCUGCGCCGGAGCAACUUCCUUCAAACUCUGGCCCUGCUGGAAGAAGAGGACGACAUCAAUCAGAUCACUGACUACUUCUCUUACGAGCACUUCUACGUUAUCUACUGCAAGUUUUGGGAGCUGGACACUGACCACGACCUGUAUAUUGACCCCAAAGAUCUGGGGAGAUACAACAACCAUGCAUCCUCAAACAGAAUCAUUGAGAGAUUAUUUUCAGGGGCUGUUACUCGGGGUAACGCUGUGCAGAGAGAGGGCAGGAUGAGCUACGCUGAGUUUGUCUGGUUUCUCAUAUCUGAGGAAGACAAAAAAAAUCCCACCAGUAUAGAGUACUGGUUCCGCUGCAUGGAUGUGGAUGGUGAUGGUGUCCUUUCCAUGUUUGAGCUGGAGUAUUUUUAUGAAGAACAGUGUGAGAGGAUGGAGAGAAUGGGCAUCGAACCUUUACCCUUUCAGGAUUUGCUCUGCCAGAUGCUCGACCUGGUCAAACCUGAGAACCCAGGUAAGAUAAGUCUGGGGGAUCUGAAACGCUGCCGGAUGGCUCACAUAUUCUUUGACACUUUCUUCAACCUGGAGAAGUACCUGGACCAUGAACAGAGAGACCCAUUUGCUGUGCAAAAGGACAUUGAUAGUGAAGGUCCAGAGCCAUCUGACUGGGAUAAAUAUGCCUCAGAAGAGUAUGAGAUACUAGUGGCGGAGGAGACUGCGAAUGAACAGCUACACGAGGGGUCGUUUGAUGAUGACUAUGAAUCAGAGGAGCUUCAAGUCCCUGGAGAGAUUGGGAAAAUGGAAAAACUGGUCAUAUCUGACCUCUCUGCAUAAAACUUGGAAAUCUUGGGCUUCUCUUUCUGGGAAACAGAAACCAACAAGGUGAUAGAGGGCCACCUGGGAUAUAUGAAUCCACACAUGGAUAUAAAGACAGAGAGAAAGGAAUUCUGGCACCUGUCUUAUGAUUACUCUGUGGAUUUAUUGUAUGUUUGUGUGAGUGUGGCCAUAAACCAGUACUGUUCUGGUGUCUGGUGCAAUAAUGCAUCUGUAUUCACACAGAAAAUAAUGUCCCUGCCUCCAGCUUUUUUGCUCCACAGAAGCCAAAGACAGAUGUUUGGUAAGCUCAAGAAGGACUCAAGUAAAAUACUUAACUGUAAAAUAAUGUAAUUAUUGUGAAUUCUCUACUGACAAUCCUGCCAGAGGACAAUCUUUCUGAAUUUUUGAGUUAGACUCACAGCAAGCCUGCCAGGUGCACAAAUAGACGUCUAGUGGGAGAAACAGGCAGGUAGAAAGAAAUAAUGACAGUGACAGAUACUGCCAUUGCAGAGCAGCAGUCCACUGCUUAAAAAUAUGACAUACACUGCCUUGAGAAACCUGCUGGUAAGCAGCUUGCCACCAUGUUUCUUAUAAAGGAAGCUGUUAGUCCCUUUAGUCAGAGGUCAUAUAACAACCUGAGUGGUUAUAUCAGCACUUCCACUCGGUGGCCAGUAUGUGGUACUACAUGCUGCACAGUGCGUGAUGGCUGGCUAUCAUUUCCGUGAAGGAGUUCAGUUCACUGUACAGCCUGAGCUGUUCUAUUAUUAUCGCAACACUAUCAGUGCUUCACCUCUGGACUCUCUCUGGAGACAUGGACACUUAUGUUCAUGCUCUGCAUUUCAGUUUAUUCAUUCUCAAUCAAAUAACAGUGAAAGAUAUGGGAUAUGCACAUCAUAUGAUGCAUGAUUGCCAGUCAUAUCAAACUCUCCGGUAGAGUUGCUCAAACAUUUCCACCUGUAACAUUUGUAAUGAUACAGUAGAUGUGCCUACAAUUUGUAAGUUGUUCCUGCCAGUUUCAUGCAGCCUCCCACUGUGUUUUUCCACACCCCAUUUUUUUCUUUUUUUUUUUUGUUAAACCUUUAUUUUUAUGGCAUGCUAAAUUUAACAAGCAGAACUGUAGAACAGAAACAGGCUUAACAAACUCGGCACACAUCAGAGACAGAUGCGCUGUUAUAGUACAUUACACAGGAAGCUUAGCUUUAUUGUAUCAAGUUAAAGAGCAAGAAAAUGGAAAAAUAAUUCUCCCGUUUCAUCAUCAGAGUUAUCCUUUCCAUGUAUUCUCACAUCUUUUUUUGAACAUGUACACUACCUUUUAAUUAAUUUGAACUGUUAUUGUCAUUUAGUCGCUGCAAAAAUAUCACCUUUUUACCUGUUUACAUGUCAUAGCCACAUAUAAUUUCUUUAUUAAAGUUUCUGAUGUCUGCUCUACCUGUAGCACACAAAAACAUACACCACUAAAGAUGCCUUUUGAUAAAUAGGUUACCUAAAAUUAAAAAAAUAAAUAAAUAUUGACACACUUGUAUUGGUAUCCUGCCUGCAAAAAGUUUGGAAUAUUUUGAAUCCAUUAUUUAAAUAAGUGUGAGAUUUCAAACAACACCUCACUACAGUGUUUGUCCCUUUUAGAAAACAAAUCUCUGAACAUGUGUCCCUGUUACUCAAAUUAAAGAGCAGAAGACACUGUGAACAGUUUCAAUUAAAAUUGCUCUCUGUAGACUAAAUAGUCCUAAAAUUAAAGAUUGUGAAUUAUAGAGACUAAGAACACACUGUUUUGUGCUGUAGACAUAUCACUGCUGAAUUGUUGUAUAGUUGUUUGUUUUGUUUUCUUUGGUCCACCACACAUGAGUUUGCAUUCACUGUACUGAGAUGAAGCCUUUUUUUUUUUUUUCUAUAAAUUUUUCUUAAAGCCAGUUGAUACAAUACAAGCCAAACAGUUUUCACGGUUAGAUGCCACUAUGUGAGUUUACUUUGUGAACCCUUUAAGUCCUUUAUUUACUAUAAUAGCUAGGAGCGUGUGUUUGCACUGAUAGAAGAGUUUGCUUUAGGAGCCUGUGUUGUGUAACUUUUUAUUGCCAUGGGCAUUGUGUUCCAAGAUCAGUGGAUGUGUGUGCCCCUGUAUAACUCUUUAAUUAGGAGUAGGGUAUCUCUUGUCCUCAGUGGCUUCAAAUUAACUAACUUUCAUCCUUUUCUGGCAUUUGCUGUACAGACUCACCGUAGUGUAGUUGCAGUUGAAAGAGUAACAAAGAGAGCUUGUGGAUGCUGUAAGGUUUUAAGGACCUUGAUGACCCCACUUCUGCUUUAUAUUUGUUGUAAAUCUCUCUAGCUUUGUAAUAAACAGUAUUAUAAUAACAGUAAUAACAAGCCAAUAUGGACAUAACAACUGUAAUCUGAUGGUUUGUAUUACUGUGCCACUGUGUGGCUUGGGAUGGGGGGUAAAUUAUGUUAACUGUGUGUAUGCUUGUGUUAGACGUGCAGUGGAUUUUAUCAGCAGAAGUGGGUGAUGUCCUCUUUUUCUACCCGACCUGACAAUCACAAAAUUGUAGAUAUAUCAUCUAAUAUUGAAACUUUUGAGACUGAUUUUUUUUUCACUGCUGUGAUCACACUCAUUCACUCUUCAAGAGAUUUUUUCACCCAUACAGUAUAUAAGAAAGAACUAUUAAUGGCGAUGGGACAUUAUCAAGUCUGGAUGACAACUUUUUGGUUCUAUGCAAAGUAUCCUGGUGCUCACAGUCCAAGCAUCAGACAAAGGAGCAAAGCCAUGCAGGACUUUUACUUUGAAAUUAUGUCUUUACUGACAGAGGGAGAGAAAAGACUUUAUUUUUGAUUUACCUCCUCUGUGCACAGGAAACUUGAGUAGAGUGAUAUCUGGUGGUCAUUGUAUUGGCAUGGUUUUCUUUCCUUCCUUCCUUCCUUCUCUUAUUUUUGUUGCUUUCAUCUGAAGUUUAAAUAAAGAUGUUUAAAAAAAAAA